UGCAUAUUUCAGGCGAACGACAUAUGUGCAUUUUCAUAGAGGUCGGUCUUGUUCCAUUGCUUGAGAUGGCUGGACGGUUGUCAUUCCUUCUUGUUUAGAGCGAAGAUGAGGUCUCAUGCUGCGGAGGCACUUCUUGGACAAGCCCAGGAGCAUCAGGUCUUUUUCUCCCUCUUGGCCCUUGCUAUCUUCGCUGUCUUUGCAGUGUCGCCCGGCAAAGUCGUCGGAAUGGCAAAGAUUCGAUAUUGGCACUCGGCGAAAUCACUGGUACUGAAAUACAAGGAUGGCAGAACGACUUCGCUCGCCAACUUGUGCAUGUCUCUGAUCCCACCAUGCCGGCUCAAUCCAUUCCUCUUCAACGGCCAUCUUCAGACUAUUUGGACCGUCAUGACCCGCCAGUCUGUGCCGAUCUACUAUAAGCGAUGGAUAUUUCAGAACAAGGACCCGACCUACACAGGACAAUUUGCGGUUGACUUUGCGACGACGCCGAACGAUGACCACGAUCCGACUCUACCGCCAAGAACAACUUACUACACCGACCAAGAGUUCAACCAGCUUGGCUCACUCGACACUAGACCUAUGCUUGUGCUGCUUCACGGUUUGAGCGGCGGGUCUCAUGAACUUUACCUUCGGCAUGUCCUAGCUCCUUUACUUGGGGAUGGGGGAUGGGAGGCAUGUGUCGUUAUUUCCAGGGGUUGUGCUAUGACGCAAGUCACCACCAGUGUUUUAUACAAUGCACGCGCAACGUGGGAUGUCAGAGAGACUGUCAAGUGGUUGAGAAAGACCUUUCCCAAUCGACCUCUGUUUGGAAUUGGAUUCUCGCUUGGAGCCAACAUUCUCACCAACUAUCUCGGCGAAGAAGGCAGCAACUGUUUGUUCAAAGCAGCCGUUAUACUGUCUAAUCCGUGGGACCUGCACGCUGGCAGUCUCGCCUUGCAGAGAACGUGGUUCAAUCGAAAUGCAUAUUCGGCGGCGAUGGGCAAGAGCAUGAAAAGGCUGUUCGAGACUCAUGUUGACCAAAUCUCCACCAACCCCAAGAUCAAUGUGGACGUUGUCCGCAAGAUCAGGUAUCUUCACGAAUUUGACCGACAUGUGCAAGGCCCAACGUGGGGUUACCCGACCGAAGGAGCCUAUUAUCGCGAUGCAUCGUCCAUUGACUCUCUGUUUGCCAUAAGGGUUCCAUUCCUGGCGAUCCAUGCAGAAGAUGAUCCGGUGACUGCAAGCGAAGCCUUGCCUCGAGAAGAAGUCCAACAGACACCAUAUGGUGUACUAUGCACCACAACAACGGGUGGUCAUCUGAGCUGGUUCGAACUCGGCGGCAAAAGAUGGUUUGCCAGAGCAACCACAGUCUUCUUUCAGACAAUGGCGCGAGAGAUAGACCUCGACGCAAUAUCUCAAACCGAUGCCGCCGGCUCUCAGCUCGAGGGACAAAUAUCUCGAGAGCAAAGAGAUCCCCUGAAGCCAGUGUUCGAGCCCAUGAGGAGGAAAAUGCACAUCCCAGCACAGCAUUAGACUGUCAUAGACCUCAUAGACGCAUAGAGCCAU